AUGAAACAGCAUGCCCUUACUAUAAUCGAACCUGGUGUUUACCAUCAUUUUGGGUUGAUUCCAGCUAUUAAGAGACAUUUUACUUUAAAUCCCAUCAAUAACACAGAUGUGGUUAAAAUAGUCAUUGGCAUUGACGGUCUACCUAUUACAAAAAGUAGUUCAAGUCAAUUAUGGUCUAUUCUGGGAUACAUUCGUCCAUUAGAUAAUGCUGUAUUUCCUAUUGGUAUAUAUUGGGGCCACGAAAAGCCUAAAAAUUCGAACGAUUAUCUUGAACAGUUUAUAUUGGAAGCUAAAAAUGUGUUAUUAAAUGGUGUUAAUAUUGAUGGGACUAUUAUUAAAGUUGAAAUUGAUGGUUUUUGUUUAGAUGCGCCAGCUAAAUCAUUUAUUUUAAAAAUAAAAGGUCAUACAGGUUUUGACUCAUGUACUCGUUGUAGAGAAGAAGGUGAAUACCUCCAAAAUCGAACCUGUUUUCCAUUUACACAAAAUAAUUUAGUAAAGCGUACUCAUAAUGAUUAUAUUACUAGAGAACAUGAUGAACAUCAUGUAGGCAGUGCCAUUUCAGAUUUAUCUAUUCUACCAAAUAUUGAUAUAGUAGCCAAGUUUUCAUUAGAUUAUAUGCAUUUAACAUGCUUAGGUGUGAUGAAAAAAUUGAUUCAUUUGUGGAUCGAUAAAGGACCUUUAAAUGUACGAUUGCCAAGUUCGGUUACUAAACAACUUUCAAUAUCACUCUCCUCUUUAGCACAAUAUAUACCUU